CGUAGCCACAGUAUCAGAUGUGGCUACGGCAGCGUGGGAAAUUCAUUUAAAAUUAUGGUCUUCGGAUCUGCGAAACUUGUUAUGUUCGAUUAAUCUGUGAAAAGGGCAAUUAAUCCAUUUUGUUAUCACAAAAAUAGAAAAACUCGACAAUAAAGGUUAUCUUGUACACAAUCCUUGACAAAUAGUUAAUAAUGGAAAGAAGGAAAAGCGGCAAAGAAGAAAUGUCCUCAAAGAUUGAAAAUGGUGAGGUGGCACACAUCCACGGAAAAGCAAACAUUAAAGGGGACGAAACGAAUAUUGCAUUGUUAUUGUUUUUAUAUACCUUACAAGGCAUUCCGUUGGGGUUAAGUGCAGCGAUACCAAUGAUUUUACAAAAUCGUGGGGUCACAUAUAAAGAACAGGCUGAGUUUAGUUUUGUCAACUGGCCCUUUAGUGUGAAAUUGUUAUGGGCACCAAUAGUCGACUGUAUGUUUUCCUCAAGAAUAGGACGUAGAAAAUCUUGGUUAAUACCGACCCAGUAUUUAAUUGGAGGGUUUAUGUUGCUACUAAGCUCUCAAGUAAAUCGAUGGUUAGGUGACGACGGUCAUCCUAACAUCGGAAUACUCACCUUACUGUUUUUCGCGUUGAAUUUCCUGGCGGCCACUCAAGACGUCGCCGUGGACGGAUGGGCGCUGACUAUGCUUAAAAAGUGUAAUGUCGGUCACGCCUCCACGUGUAACACAGUGGGGCAAACUGCCGGAUUCUUUUUCAGCUACGUACUGUUUAUGGCGUUAGAGUCGGCCACUUUCUGCAAUAACUAUCUGCGUUCAGUUCCGGAGAAAGACGGUAUGGUGACGCUUUCCGGCUUCCUGUACUUUUGGGGUUGGGUUUUCGUAGUUACCACGACUCUUGUAGCUGUGAUGAAGAGCGAACGGGAAACUCACGAUGCCGAGCAUCAGAAUGUGCCCGAACGCGACCUGAAGAAUGCAUAUUCACUUUUAGUAGAAAUAUUAAAAUUGAAACCGAUCAGACUGUUAGUGCUGAUUCUUCUCACUGUUAAGAUUGGAUUUUCAGCAACCGACAGCGUUAUGACGCUCAAACUGGUAGAGACUGGCAUUCCGAAAGAACAAUUGGGACUGAUGGCUGUGCCUCUAAUACCGUUACAAAUAGCACUGCCCCUUGUUAUAUCAAAAUACACAACUGGCCCCCGUCCUCUCAAUCUGUACCUGAAGGCCAUACCAUAUCGGCUAUUGUUCGGCUUUGUAGCUGCGCUUGUGGUGUGGAUAACACCUUACUUGGUCCCCAAUCCGAAGAACGGGCUACCAAUGUCCUACUACAUCCUCCUUUUGAUCUGCUACGCUUUGCAUCAGAUUUGUGUUUACAGCAUGUUUGUGGCAAUAAUGGCGUUUUUCGCCCGAAUUAGCGAUCCGAUAGUCGGAGGCACCUACAUGACCCUCCUAAAUACGGUCUGCAAUUUGGGCGGUAACUGGCCGGCGACUUUGGCGCUGUGGUUUGUCGACUCGCUGACGUGGAAGGAUUGCGUUGGCGGAACGAAUACGACGGACAUCACGUGCGCGAACUUGGCUGAGACUGAGUUAUGCACUGGAAAUGGAGGUAAAUGUAUAACGACGAUGGACGGAUAUUACAUCGAAACGCUUGUAUGUGCCGCCAUUGGUUUCGCGUGGUUAUCAUGGGGAAGAAAGAAAUUACAGCACAUUCAAUCUCUCGGCGAACAGUCAUGGAAAAUACCCAAGCGAGUUAGGUAGUAUUAAUAAUGGCGCACAGAUUAGGUCAAUUACAAAAGACUUACCCAUAUUUAGUAAAUUUAUAAACAAUUUACCUGACUGCAAUUGCAUCAUGUGUCCAGUAUUUGCAUUUGUUAUAUUGGUUUGUGAGUUUAUUUAUUAAGUGAAAAAAUUUUUUAUGUCAUUGAGUUUAUUGUUAUUUAUGAUUACAGAUAUUGUUAAUUGAUUGUAAAUACAAAUUAUUUUAUUUAU